AUGGGCGGCUUCCUGCCGGAUUUGAUGUGGACCGUGUCACGUCUCCCUCCCACGUGUCUAAUUGGACUUUCUAUGUCUCUGUGGUAUUGUUUUUUGGCUGUAUUAGCCGUGUCUCCGUGGCUGCUUGGGACCAUCGGUGGCACCAUCUGCCUGCUCCUCCUCCUGCUCCUCGGUCUUCUCAUCCUUGGUCUCCUCUAUCGUCGACACCAACGCCGUCGGGGCCCUCCAGCUGACCCCCCAAUCCGAAUGGACAUCAGUUAUCCACUCGACAGGCCUGAAAUGUGA